AGCGCCGGAUGAGGAACAACACUAGCGCCUCACACCGGAGCGGAGGACGCGCGCGACGCAGCUUUUACGUCACUGCGGCCAGUCUUCACGUGGUGCUUCUAAACAUCAUGGCGGCUGGUUUCAAAACCGCAGAGCCUCUAGAAUAUCACAGGAGCUUUUUGAAAGAAAACUGUCGUCCAGAUGGAAGGGAAUUGGGAGAGUUCAGACCCACAACCUUAAAUAUUAGCUCUUUAUCUACAGCUGAUGGAUCAGCAUUGGUGAAAAUUGGAAACACAACAGUGAUAUGUGGGGUCAAAGCUGAGUUGACUAUGCCACCAUCUGAUGCUCCAAAUAAAGGAUAUAUAGUCCCGAAUGUAGAUCUGCCUCCACUGUGCUCAUCUAAAUUCAGACCCGGUCCACCAGGAGAACAGGCUCAGGCGGCCAGCCAGUUUAUCGCAGAUGUCAUUGAAAGUUCAGAUUUAAUAAAUAUGGAAGAAUUGUGUAUUGAAAAAUCUAAGCUUUGUUGGGUGCUGUACUGUGAUAUUAUGUGUUUGGAUUACGACGGGAACUUACUUGACGCCUGCAUCAUAGUUCUGCUGGCAGCUUUAAAGAACGCACAACUCCCUGAAGUCACAAUAAACAAAGAUACAGAUUUAGCAGAAGUUGACAUCCAGAAGAAGAGGCCCUUGAAGAUCAACCGGCAUCCAGUUGGCUCAUCGUUUGCAGUAUUUGAUGACUCUAUUAUCAUAGUCGACCCCACAGCAGAAGAAGAAAGCUUGUCAACAGCAUUACUGACUGUGGUAACGGACGAGGAGGAUCGACUCUGUGCCGUCCACAAACCAGGUGGGACGUCGUUAUCCAGUGAGAAACUGCAACACUGCAUAAAUCGAGCCAUAACGAGAAACAAAGAAAUCAGCAAACUGGUGGGCAAAGUCAUUGAGAGCACGAAGACGGCGAAAUAAACACACACAGUCAUGACAUU